CGCACUGCACAGGUCACCGGCUGCUGCGGGCGGCUCCUCACUUCCCUUAGCGCUGGCCCGGGAGAAGGAAAGAUGGUGCUGGAUCUGGAUUUGUUCCGGGUAGAUAAAGGAGGGGACCCAGCCCUCAUCCGUGAGACCCAGGAGAAGCGUUUCAAAGACCCAGGGCUAGUGGAUCAGUUGGUGGAGGCAGACGGCAAGUGGCGACGAUGCAGAUUUCGAGCAGACAACUUGAACAAGCUGAAGAACUUAUGUAGCAAGACAAUCGGAGAGAAAAUGAAGAGAAAAGAGCCAGUUGGAGAUGAUGAGUCCAUUCCAGAGAAUGCCUUAAAUCUCGAUGACCUCGCUGCAGACACAUUAGCUAACUUGAAAGUCUCACAAAUCAAAAAAGUCCGGCUCCUCAUCGAUGAAGCCAUCCUGAAAUGCGAUGCCGAGCGGAUACAGCUGGAAGCUGAGCGGUUUGAGAACCUCCGGGAGAUUGGGAACCUCCUGCACCCCUCAGUGCCCAUCAGCAAUGAUGAGGAUGCAGACAACAAAGUAGAGAGGAUUUGGGGCGAUUGUACAGUCAGAAAGAAGUAUUCUCAUGUGGACCUGGUGGUGAUGGUAGAUGGCUUUGAAGGUGAAAAGGGGGCCGUGGUAGCUGGGAGUCGAGGAUACUUUCUGAAGGGGGUUCUGGUAUUCCUGGAACAGGCACUCAUCCAGUAUGCCCUUCGAACCUUGGGAAGUCGGGGCUAUACUCCCAUUUACACCCCGUUUUUCAUGAGGAAGGAGGUCAUGCAGGAGGUUGCACAGCUCAGCCAGUUUGAUGAAGAGCUUUAUAAGGUGAUUGGCAAAGGCAGUGAGAAGUCUGAUGACAGCUCCUAUGAUGAAAAAUACCUGAUUGCCACGUCGGAGCAACCCAUUGCUGCCCUGCACCGGGAUGAGUGGCUUCGGCCAGAGGACUUGCCCAUCAAGUAUGCCGGCCUGUCCACCUGCUUUCGCCAGGAGGUGGGCUCUCAUGGCCGUGAUACCCGGGGCAUCUUUCGGGUCCACCAGUUUGAGAAGAUUGAACAGUUUGUGUACUCAUCACCACACGACAAUAAGUCAUGGGAGAUGUUUGAAGAGAUGAUUUCUACUGCCGAGGAGUUCUACCAGUCUCUGGGGAUCCCUUACCACAUUGUGAAUAUUGUCUCAGGUUCUUUGAAUCAUGCUGCCAGUAAGAAGCUUGACCUGGAGGCCUGGUUUCCGGGCUCCGGAGCCUUCCGUGAGUUAGUCUCCUGUUCGAACUGCACAGACUACCAGGCUCGCCGCCUGCGAAUCCGAUAUGGGCAAACCAAGAAGAUGAUGGACAAGGUAGAGUUUGUGCACAUGCUCAAUGCGACUAUGUGUGCCACUACACGCACCAUCUGUGCCAUCCUGGAGAACUACCAGACAGAGAAGGGCAUCAUCGUGCCCGAGAAGUUGAAGGAGUUUAUGCCUCCAGGUCUCCAAGAACUGAUCCCGUUUGUGAAGCCUGCACCCAUCGACCAGGAGCCAUCAAAGAAACAGAAGAAACAGCAUGAGGGCAGCAAGAAGAAAGGGGCGACAAGAGAUAGCGCUCUGGAAAGCCAGCUGCGGAGCAUGGAGGUCACCGAUUCCUGAAGAGUCUUUCCAGCCUGGCAAGCUUUCAUCCUGUCAGUGGGAUCUCAGUGCUUGUCCACAGGCAGGGAAGCCAGGGGUUCAUUCAUCAUCCACCCCCUCUGACUGUUAGCUAAAGGGGGGAGUGUCUGCCAUAUAUAAUGCCAUGUUCCCAUCUCUCCGCAUGGGCAUAGGAGCCAAUCACUGAUGACUGAUGCAGCCAUGUAAUAAAGUAUCUCUGGGGAAAGCUA